AUGCCUAUUCCGUUACCCACUAAUGUCUUCGAACUUCAAGACGAAGCCUUUUUCCAAGUGGUAAAAGAACAAUGCGGUCUUACAAUGGUUGAUAUUUUACGAUAUCUUGAACAAAGAAAUUCAUCCAAAUCAAAUGAAUUAACCAUCUCUUCUGUUCUUCUUGAACGGCAUCCGAUUAUUCGACUAAUUAUACGCUUUUUUGAAAAUUUUUCGCCGCAAUCGAAUGAUUCUUCUGUUAAAUUUAAACACACUGUAGUGGAAACGAUUAUUUCGAAUCAUGAUCGUGCCAAGAGUCGUUAUUGUUACAACGAUUCUAUACGUGAAUUCGCCUCAAAUCUAUUCAUUCUCGGUGGUCGAAAUGUAUACGAAUUUAUUCGUCUUAAUAUUUCCGGUCUUCUUCCAUCUUUACCGAUCAUUCAAUCUUCGCUCGAUUCCAUUACAAAUCGUAUCAACGAAGGAGACUUCAGGUACGACCUUAUGUGUGAUUAUCUAUCAUUACAAAAAACAAACUUCAUCUUCGCAUCUGAAGAUUGUACUGGGGUCAUCCCUAAGAUAAUAUAUAACGUUCAAUCGAAUACAUUUAUUGGUUUUGUGCCGCAUCUUGAGGAUGGUUUACCAAAAAUUAAUACUUUCUCAACUGAAUCUUUUUCGAAACUCGAAAACUGGUUUGGUACAUUAAACAAAUCGCAUCUUCUCAAUCUUCAUAUGAUCCAACCUAUGAAUUUAGAUUUAAAAUCAUGUGCACCAUUUAUUCUAUCUGCAUAUGGUACUGACAAUCAUUUCACAACGCUAGACAUUUUAAUGCGGUGGAUGACCAUUAUCAAUCAAUGUGUUAAAAAAGGUGUGAAAGUGAUCGGGUUCUCCACUGAUUGCGACGUGCGUUAUUUAAGACCAAUGCGCUUAUUAAUGGGUUUUUUUGCUGAUAUGCCAAAUCAACAAUUCCAUUUGCGUGACAACGCUUUUUAUGUCGACAUUCCUAAGAGUUGGGAUUGGCUCUUUAUGAGAAACCAUCAACGUAUCGUAUUCUUUCAGGAUAGUAUUCAUUUAUGCACAAAACUACGAAACAGAUUAUUAUCUUCGAAAGCUACAAUGCUGUUUGGGGAUAAAUUGAUUAGUAUUGGUCAUAUUCUACAACUAAUUGAAACACCAUCAAAACUUAAUCACAAUUUAGUAAAGUCAGAUGUUCUCCCAAAAGAUAGACAGAAUUUCGUAUCCUGCGAAAAAAUAUCAAAUGAAGUUGUUCUCAAUGAACUUACUUCUAUACCAGCUUCUGAAGCAACUAAGAUUUAUCUUGAGAUAAUUCGAAAUAUUCGAUAUGCUUUUAUCAAUAAGGACACAAAUUAUAUUGAUCGAAUUCACUAA